AUGUCACAACCCAGACAAGAAGACCCAGCCAAUGUCCGUCUCGGUGAAGGACUAGACAACGCCCCUCCUCCACCGAGCACGACAAACGAAGAUCGCACGGACGAGGAGAAGAAGAACGAAGCUGAGAUCGCUGAACGUCUCUCCCGACUUAUCGAAGAUGCCAAUUCCAGAGUGGUUCCCCUCACCAAGAUGAUUCGCAAUCACAUCGAAAACAUGGAAGCCCGUCCAGACGACGACAAGAAUGAAGACGAGCUUGUUCAACAAGUUAGACCGCUCCUCCAACAAGCAGAGAAAAUCAUGAAUGAAUGCCAAGGGAUGAUGAAAGGCGCUGAUCCAGAUAAUAAGAUCUCUGAUAAAGCAAAGCGACACCAACAGACCCACAAGGCUACACCGGAAGAGCAGAGGUUGGCGGAGGCGUUGAAAGUGAUGAUUGAAGAAGUCGGAGGAACUAUUGAAUGGGCUAGGGACAAGCUCGAUAGCUUCCCCAAAGCAAAGCGAGAUCUCGGUCCACUGCUUGAUGCCCUUGGUCAACCGCUAACACAAAUCGUCUCCGGAGUCGCUAUGCUCCUCGCAGGCGUCUUGAACCUCGUCAAUAACCUCCUCAGCGGACUUGGAUUGAGCGGCCUGUUGACCGGUAUCCUUGGCGCUACGGGUCUUGACAAGAUAUUCAUUGGCCUGGGACUCGGGAAUCUGUUCCCGAAUGCAAAUAAGAAGAAAUAGAUCGAUCGCAGUCCUUUCUUUUCAGCUGGACAGCGGAAAUAGACUAGAAUAAAUCGUGGUUUGUUAUACAUAGUUUGCUACGCCUAAUGUCUCUUCUUGUAUCAUGUAUGAAAAUUGAGAUAUGUAGCACAAAUUUCGACCCCGGUUUGUGUGCCAUGGGGCCUAGAGUUAGGCUCACUAACAAUACAAU